UCAGUACGAUGUCAUGUCCAUGUUCCUGAACAUUUCCAACGACACUCUCGUCCUUCCACUCUAAGCUUUCGUCCUUCUCCAAAACCCUACAAAUACCACCAGAUCGAGCUGCCAUGCCAUGCAUCUCCACAUGUUCAUUCAUUCAUCCGCCACAUUAAUUUCUAUCGUCACUUCUUGUUUUGAGUUAUUUCUUUCUUCCGAUUUCAGUUAAUAAAAAAAACAGAGAGACAGUAGUCCGUCCAUGAAGCGACGAGAUCAGGAGCAAGCGAUCGCGAAGCUGACGAGCAGCGGCGGCGGCGGCGGCGGCGGCGGGAGAGACGACCUCCUGAUCAUCUUCAUGUGGACCAAGAAGGCCAUGCUCGCCGCCGUCGUGGUGGUCGUGGCCAAGUGCAGGGAGCUCUGGGAAGGGGUGCUCACGGCGGGCUCCGGCUGCGGCUGCGUGUCGCGUUCCGCCGCCGCCGCCGACGACGACGACGGCUACUACUUCGGCCGGAGCUACGAGUUCUCGUGCUCCGCCACCCCGGUCGCCUUCGCUCCGGCGAAAGGGCGGCGGCGCCGGCGGCGCUGCCUGCUGCUGCCACCCUGCGUGGGAGCCAAGCAGGCGAGGGAGAUGCUGCGGGAGGCGGCGAUGAUGUCCCCGGCGCCGCCUGUCGGUGCCGGCGGCGGUCGACGCUCGCCGCCGGAGCGGUCGCCGCAGUGGUGGAGGGAGCAGGAGAUCGACGGCCUCGCGGAGGAGUUCAUCAGCCGGUUCUACGAGCAGCUGAGGUCGCAGGUGGCGGAUGAGGAGCGGCGGCGGGCGCCGGAGUGCAAGAGCAGGGCGUCGUCGUCGCCGCCGUCCCCGUCUCCGCCAUAGGCGAUGGCUUAAUUACGUGCGUGCAGGUUGUGUGCAUUAAAUACGUACGCUGGUGUUUGCGAUUAAUGUCAUGUGGAUGUGUGUGUGUUUUCGAUGAUGAGAGGGAGUUCGUUCGUUAGUGCAGUUUUGAACUUUUUGAUAUCUUUCCUUACGGCUUUCACGCGGUUUGGAAUUGCUUGUCUAAUUAUCUUUGUCCCGUGCAGUUUUGCGCGAAGCUAAAUAAUUUACGUAAAGUUAGAUUAAAUAUGUAAUAACUCUGAAAUUUUAAUUUUUUUAUGAACUA